AUGACUUGCAAUCCAACCCAGAAACACGAAAACAGUAAAUGGAAUGUUGAGUCACACGUCAACGACAGAGGUAUAUUUAGACAAGUGUUCUUUGCAAAAAUGUACUUAUAAAUCUGAGAACCUUCCAAUAGACAUAUCUUCUUGCAUUUUGACAAUUUGUUUCUUUUGUUAGUAACAAACUUUUAGCAAUGUGUUAUAAUUUCCUAGAGUCACUAAUAUCAGUGGUUGUGAACACAUGUUUUGUGUAAUAUGAUAUAAAAUUUGUGUUUUUGUUCUUCCAGUUCCCAAAGCUAGCCCAGAUUUGUUUUAUCCAUCGUUUCUUGAGAGUGUUUUUGAAUCACAUGCUGUUAUGGCCCAGGUACUACAGUUUAAAUAUACUUACUGUAAUUGCGGAAAAAAUAUAUAAAUCCACAACUCAUAAGCCAGUCUACUAAUCGGGAUCUAUAGUAAUUCAUGGCUGAUGGCUAAUUAUCACGUCGUGAUUUCGCAUCUUGAAUGAAGACUUUUUGAAGACACAUUUUUUAAAUGAUUUUUACGGUCGCAGGCACACAAAAAAGUUAACAAUCUGCUGCGAUUUUAACUGCGAUUUUCGUCUUCUGAUGGAUGUGAAUGAGUGGAUGAGUUAUGAAUGUUCAGAUGAGGAUACAUCGGUGAGAUACACACUCAGAACAUUCCGAACUUAUUUACUCGUUCACAUGCAUCAGAAGGAGAAAAUCGCACUGGCAGAAAUUGCAAGUGUAAACGGGCCUUAUCAAUCUGAAGCUUCCUUAUUGUUUGCACUACCUACACCAGGGUUCGUACAAAACUUGAAAGGCCUUGAAUGUCCUUGAAUUUGUAAAGAUUGAAGUACUUGAAUGAUAUUUGCUGUGUUGGUGUAAUGUAUUCAGGUGAAUAAGAUGCUUGUGUGAUGUUACUCUGAGUGUAUAUGUAUAUCCACACCGGGCAGGCUUGAAAAGUAUGCCUGGCCACGGUGGGAUUCGAACCUACGACCUUUGGAAUACCAGCCCAAUGCUCUGCCAACUGAGCUACGUGGUCAAGUCGGUUCGAUUAUACGAUAUUUCGGAACUGAGUCUAGUUCCUUAGGCUGAAUACCUUGGGCUGGUAUUCCAAAGGUCGUAGGUUCGAAUCCCACCGUGGCCAGGCAUAUUUUUCAAGCCUGCCCGGUGUGGAUAUACACUCAGAAUAACAUCACACAAGCAAGUACUUGAAUGUCCUUGAAUUCUUCUUGCUUUAGUUUUUGGAUAUUUGCUGAAAUUGUUUGACAUUCAAAACGGACAUUUUGUUGAACUGAUUUUGCAUGUUCAUAUAUGACCUCAUUAUAAAGUUACGUUUUGAACAAUUCAACGUCAGAUUUUGCUGAUUUCUAACGCCUUCUAUUCAGUAUUUAGUCCUUGAAUUUGCUGAUACAUGGCCUUGAAUGUCCUUGAAAAGUCUUUGAAUUUGACUCUUCCUGACAUGUACGAACCCUGCUACACUCGACAGACUGUUCAGGUUUAAUUGCAGUAUAGACCCAUUGCACAUGACGUCACAGCGCCGGUGAUGAUGCAUUUGGAGGACAAAUUAGCAAUCUAUGCACAAUAUAACUUUUGUAAAGAAAGCAAAUUUUGUAAAACUUUACAAUAAUUUUGUAUUAAAAUGGUUAAUUUUCGCGCUGUAUGUGGUUGUUGUACCCGAACAGAUAUUGUUAGGGAGCAUCUGGAGGACACUCUAAGGAUUUGUGGCGUCAGUGCAAUGGGUCUAUAUACGACAUGCAGUAUUCUAAGGCCCCGUUAUUUGCAUGAGACUGGGACGAAGUCAAACCGGAAUAAUAAUUGAAAUUGUUAACAUGUUUACAUGAGACCGGUAUGAAAAUCACAAAAUUUUCAAUUUAUUCCCCUUGCCAGGCAAUUUUUUUUUUAGAUGGCUUUUGUUAGCAUGUGUUGUUCCAAUGUCAAGGUUACAGCCGAGACCGGUCUGAAAUGUAUUUGUGUUUACAUUCAUCCCAGUGUGAAUUCAUGCCGGUCUGAAGUCAGUCGGCUCGGUCCAGCAGGCGGAAUGCCUUGAGACCGGUCUGAGUUAUUUUCGUCCCAGUCUCAUGUAAACAUCUACUAUAAAUAAUACUAUGACCGAAAUGAAAUGGUCCCGGUUUGACUUCGUGCCGGUCUCAUGUAAACGGGGCCUAAUAUGGAAGUUUGAUUAAUAUAUUCUCAUUGAAACAAACUUGUAGACGAACAGCGGAUUCAAACCAAAAGAAGGUGAAGUGACGUCACAACCUUGGCAAUGGCCGAUCAACUAUCGGGUAAUUGAUUUAUUGAAAUCUUAUUGCACUACACUUUGAGGUGUUUUAUAAUCACUAUAAUGAUUAAUGACUUUGAGAAGAUGGCACUAUAAAAAAUCUCAAAAACCAGCAGUGGUAGAUCCCGCAAGGUUUUUUAGGGAGGUCACCGAACCCAGCGCUGGUUAGCAGCGUACUGUCAUGAAAGUGCACCUAAAGUAGUUUCUUGGUUACAAUUUACAGAUAUGUUGAAUAAAUAUAAUUUAAUAAUUAUAUAAAAGUAUAAAUCCCAGAUUCUCUUGAUACUGUGAUUGUGCCUACAAUAGCGCGCUGAAGUUCGAUUACCUUUUUUUUAUACACCCUGUAUUACUCAAAUUACUGUAUCUCAUUUUGUCUCUAAUAUCUUUUUGCUUUAUCAUGAAAAAUUGCACCCCCUCUGGCCAGGGCUAGGGGCUGCGCACCCCCCGCCGGUAAAUCCAUCCCUGGAAUAUAGUGUUUUGGGCACGUUCUUUAAAAUUUCUAUAUAUUUAUUAGGGUCAAGUUUUCUCUGGCGGAGAUCAGAGAGUGUAUUUACUUGGAAAUCCGGUAAGUUAGCGAUUUUGCAUCUACAUGCUUCAUAGCAAGAUUAGCGUGUAUAGAUUUGGUUGCUAUCAAAUUGCUUGUAAUUGCGGAAUACCCUAGCCUCCUCCGCAGGCAUCCCACCCGGGGAAUCGGGUAGUCGGAACACCCAUUCGCAGGCUAAAACCAAAUAUAGAGAUGCCUGCGGAGGAGGCUGGGAAUACCCUCUUUUCAUUGAUAUUUGCUUACAAUGCAAAUAUUGGAGAAUUAUUCAAACCGUGUUCUAAUGGAUAGUCCUAACACCACUCUCUUGUGCAGGUCAUUUGGUGGAUGAUUCUCUCUACAAUCUUUCUGUUUGGUUUGAUAUUUGCAUACAACGCUGUUCGAGAAAAGCGAGGUUAUGUGGAUACUCCAGUGGAGAAAGGUAUGCCUCAUUAGAGAAGUUCAGAUUUUGACUUCCACUAUCGCCACCAUUGCCAUUAUCCAAUCAGAUGCAUUUAAGGUUACAGGACACCCUUUAUGGCGUUUUGCGGAAAAUCGCUACUGCGCGCUCAAUAUCAGUCCGAUUUUCAUCAAAUUUUCACCAAAUGUUCUCCAGUGCAUGCAAAAUACGGUAAAGUUGUAAAAUUAACAAACAAUAAAAUAAUGUAAGAAUUAUUCAGGAAAAUCUUAAAUCGCGGUACCGUUACGCUUUUGAGUUGUGCUCCUGCUGGUUUCAAGUUAUAUUUAUGAAAAUAUCAUUUUUAUACAGUAAAAUAGUUGUUCUAAAAAAUUGUGUUCGGAAAUUUUUGUUUAUGUCGUCAUUCCGCUGAUAUUGCGAUUUCUUUGACGACUGCAAUAUAUUUUUGAAUUGUUUGAGUGAAUUGCUUUUUAUUUUUAAAAUAUCCAAAAUUAAAAAAAAGCCGAACACAAUUUUGAAACGGACGUCUUUAGCUAUGUCCUGUGAAAAUUUGAGAAAAAUUGGUUAAAACCCGCAGGAGCACAACUCGUUUGUAAAUCAGUAAUUACCGUAAACUUUUUCGGGAGAAAAUUGAAUUUGAAUAUUACAUUUUCAAUGUUUUUCUUCUUGCAGCGAAAUGUAUUUUAUUAAAUAACUCUGCGAGUUUUCAACAUUUUUUGUUCAAACUUGGUCAGAUAGUAGAACUAGUCUAAUGCUUUCAUGGAAACGAAUAAAACAAUUUUAGGCAAAAUUAACACUCAAAGGUGUUCUGUAACCUUAAUCUACACACGCAAGUUGUUACAGAUCUGCACAUGAGUUGUAACAAGGUUGUUGUCAAGCCGAUAUCAGGAUCCACUGCUUGUUCCCAAUUGUUGCGACAAGUCUAAGGGCCUGUUCAUAUGAUCCCGCUUACCGGGACGUCUCGCUUACCGAUGAUCUCGCCGCCUAUCUAUUUUCCUAUAAAAUUUUGCAUUGUGUUCAUAUGAGAAAGCGAGCUGGCCCGCUUGCCGAGAUCUCGUUUGAAUUUGCCGAGAUCAUAGGUAGGCGGGAUAAAAAUUUUUCCAUAUGAACACGCCAGCCCGCUUACCGGGAUGAAGUCAAACAAGUCUUGCCGGUUUAAUUUAACACUUUUUACUUGGUUUUAUGUUUGUUUUGUAAACAAGUAUUAAAUAUGCACCUGAAGCAAUACUUUUUCUUGUAAAUAAACGAAGAAAAACACUAAAAUCGCUAAGUAUUUGUAUUGCUUGACUGAAAUGUAGAAGUUUUGCAUAUGCUAAUUAUAGAACUACAAUGUAAUUUCAUCUCGGCAAGCGGGACGAAAUAUUCCAUAUGAACGCACGGAAAUAUUCGUCUCGGUAAGCGAGACGUCCCGGUAAGCGGGAUCAUAUGAACAGGCCCUAAGGGCCUGUUUAUUUGGAGGCGAGUUACUCGGCUGCAUCAUGUAAACAGUCACCCGGGAUUAAGUUUCUAUAAAUUCAGAGCCGUAGCGUAGAGAGGCUACCAAAGCAAAGGAAGUGUAAUAUCGCAUUUGCCUAUAACCAAACGAGAAUGAGAGUUGGCAAACGAGUGCUUGCAUGAGAAUUUUCUCAACUCUCAAACGAGAACAAGAGUUGCAUGAAAUGUUAGACAGAUUUAGAUCGAGGACGCGGACGUCAAAGACGACGUGAAAAUGGCAUGUUGUGCCCAUGUAUGGAUAUGCCACGCCAUUUUCACGUCGUCUUUGACGUCCGCGCCUCGAUCUAAAUAUGUCUAUUAUCGCUUGGAUAUCAUCACUUGCGUAGCGAACAUUCUCAUCAAAAUUUGAACCAGAACCAAACUCUCAUCCUCGCUUUAACCAGGGCUUAAAACUUUUUCCCAUUGGCCCCCGCGGUUAUUUUACCCGAUUCCUCCAUAUAGAUUGAAACUUUAUAUAACUAACUUUUUACCAACCGCCAUUUUUGGUUUCAUUAUUUUAGCACGUAAAAGUAAAUUCACGUCCGUGAUUGGUUGGCUUCUACUCGGAUGGGCUCUGCAUUAUUUUCCGUUCUUCUUGAUGGGACGAGUUCUAUAUUUUCAUCAUUAUUUUCCCGCGUACCUUUUCAGCGCAAUGAUUGCUGGUAAGGCGAAAUAUCCAAUCUUCUUUUUCAAUCGAUUCCAGUGCUAUAGUUGUUUUUCAUCAGCUUUUUAGGUUAAUUUGCUACCUUUUCCUUGUUAGCCGGUAUCUUAAUGAAAAGCUUAGUAUUAGCCUAAUCCAGUAGUGGAUUCAGCAAGGGUUUUUUUUUUGGGGGGGGGGGGGGGGGGGGGGGGGGCAGAAGGGAAGGAAAAAAGAAUUUUUUUCUGGAAGCACAAACUGGAGAUAAAAAUUUCCUGCAGACCAACGGAGUAUUUUUGUGCUAAAUCUGCAUGUGCAUAAACAUAUAGUGUUCUAACUGACCAUGGUUUUAAAUUCAAGGAAUAAUGUCUGUCAACCAUAUGUUGUUGUGCCCAUAGUGGGACAUGGGUGUUAAGGUUUUUUGCAAGCUGUUUAACAUUUCCUGCGAGCAGUGCUCGCGUGCUCGCCUAUUUUUUCUACCCCCAGCGAGCAGCCAACACAUUUGAAUAUUUGAUUGCUUUUGUAAUUUUUAUUAUCAAGUACUUUGAAUUUAAGAAUUUGAAUUGAACUUGAUUCUUUUGGAAAUCACAAAAACCACAUUCCGUAAUUGCUAUAUUAGCUGUCAAUGAUUCAUAUAUAUAUAACGAAGGCAAUCGAUCAUCUCUGAGUUGUAAUCAUGAUUAUUUUUUUCAGGAAUUGUUUUAGAAUAUUUCUUUGAAAGUGCGUCGUCAUUCAUCAAUGCUCCAGAGUAUAGAAAUAUGUUUUAUUAUUCUCUUGUCACUCUUGUUCUUAUCAUCUGUAUCGUUAGGUAAGUACUGUAAACUGAACUCAACUGAACUAAACUAGAAACUUAUACUGGAUAGCUGUAUCAGUUUUAAACUCGGAAGUUCAGCAAAGGCCAUCUAAUUGUAUGGAUCUGGUGUACAUACUACAGGAGGAAACCUAAACUAACCUAACUUUUUUAUAUUGGAUAGCUCUAUCACGCAGAUCUAAAAUGUUCUUCCCAGAGUUUCAGUAUGGGCCAUCUUAUAUGGAUCCAGCUAGUGUUACUACUACAGGGGAAACCUAAACUAACCUAACUUUUUAUUAUUGGAUAGCUCUAUCAAAUCUAAACUGUUCUUCCCGGAGGUUCAGUAUGGGCCAUCCCCAUUUGAUCCAGGAGAAUUCCAAUGCAUAAAACCUGAUCUUGAGUUUCAUUCUUCCUCUUGCAGUUUCUGGCUAUUUCACGGUCUUUCAUAUGGUAUGUCAGGCCCAAUGUCGCAUCAAGAUAACUGUACUCAUGCAGCUUACAAAUGGAUGGAUUCUUGGGAGAUAUGAAGAGAUUUACACAUUGAACAAAUUUCUUUCGUGUCCAUCUUUUUGGCUUUACUUUUAGUGCUUAGUAAAAAAUUGCUCAUAUUGAGCUCAUCGGAAGUAUUCAAUUAGCUAUUCUCACGCCGCCAUUUUUGGAUGGCUUUUCAGCCGAAGUCUGCGAGAUAAGUCCACAUAACAGGGACUUUUUUUAAGUUUUUGGACGAAUGAUGGUAAAUUUGCUUUGUAAAUGGUUAGUUUAUUUUGAAAAAUUGCUUUUCACAUUGUUUUCAUUGUCUGCAUUGGUUAACGAGAUUUAGAUGCCACCCAAAAAUGGCGGAUAUUCGUCAUCGUGAGAAAGGCUAAUUCUGUGAGCCCAAAAUGAGUAAUAUUUUAAGUACUAAAAGCGAAGCCAAAGUUUGGCUUAAAAGUAAAAGUAGAUAUCGCAUUUCAUUAACAGUCUUGUGGUUCCUUUUGCCAAUGGCCGUUCAAUAAACGGACCCACAAACGUUGGUUGUUAGCCCGACACCAUUCAACAAGACUACACGCCUCCGCCAGCGAAUUAAGGGACCGGUCAUUAUUUAUGGUGGGGGUUGGCACCGAAGAGGAAAGGGUUGGGUAAACAAAAUUUUGAGUAAGUAAAAGGUUGGUUAAAUGAAAAACAAAUUAGGUAAUAAAAAAAAUUAUUGUCAUUUCCAAAGCAUGACUCACUGAAAUGUUGGAGACUAAAAAGCCAUGUCAACAGUCAUAUGUCAAUACAAUAUGUGAAUCAAUCAGAGUCACUAUCUUGAUCAUUUUCCGAUUUGUUGGGAAACAAAUGGUGUCUCCAAAGAAACAACAUGUGCAGACAAUAUGAAACUUUAGACUGCAGAAAAUUUCACAAGCCGUCAUCAAACUCAUGUCACAGAAGUGGUAAAGGACAUGUGUGACAACUGAAUGGUAUCCUUUUGUAAAGUUUUUGGCCAGGGGUGGGUAUUUAUUUUUUAAUUGAUAGUUGAGGUUGAGUAAUCAAAUUUUUGACUUUCUAAUGGUUGGGUCAGCAAAAUUUUUUCCACGAAAAACAUCCCUCUUCGGUGCCACCCCCCACCAUAAAUAAUGACCGGUCCGUAAGUUAUGAAUCAUGCAUAAAUUAUACAACGGGCUAAUUACGCAUUCAGUUUCAGCUAAUUACGCAUCAAGAAAGCAAGAAAACUUUUUUCCCCAACCUUGAUGGAGAUUGCCUGACAAACAUCAUAAACUUCCCAUAACUUCCCUUUCAUCACUUACCCGAUUUUUAAAUAGAAUUGCCCUAUUUUCCAAUAGACAUGGGUUGGGGGGGAGGGGCUGCGGCUCCUCUUUCGUACGCCUAUGAAGAUGUUGGGGGCCAACAUUGUAGUGCCCGUAUAGGAAAGGAUCUGAGCCUUUAGUGCUCGGGGCCGGUUGUUCUAAAGCCAGUUAGCUUACCACUAAGUUAAGGUUACAGGACACCCUUUUAGCGUUUUGUGGAAAAUCGCUACUGCGCGCUCAAAAUCAGUCCGAUUUUCGUCAAAAUUUCACCAAAUGUUAGCUAAUGCAUGCAAAAUAUGAUAAAGUUGUAAAAUUGACAAACAAUAAAAUGAUGUUAGAAUUAUUCAGGAAAAUCUUAAGUCGCGGUACCUUUACGCUUUUGAGUUAUGUUCCUGCUGGUUUUAAGAUAUAUUUAUGAAAAUAUCAUUUUUAUACAGUAAAAUAGUUGUUCUAAAAAAUUGUGUUCGGAAAUUUUUUGUUUAUUUCGUAAUUCCGCUGAUAUGGCGAUUUCUUUGACGACUGCAAUAUAUUUCUGAAUCGUUUGUGUGAAUUGCUCCUUAUUAUUAAAAUAUCCAAAAUUAGAACAAAGCCGAACACAAUUUUGAAACUGACGUCUUUAGCUAUGUUCUGUGAAAAUUUGAGAAAAAAUUCGUUAAAACCCGCAGGAGCACAACUCGUUUAAAAAUCAGUAAUUGCCGUAAAAUUCUUCGGGAGAAAAUUGAAUUUGAAUAUUACAUUUUCAAUGUUUUUCUUAUUGCAAGCGAAAUGUAUUUUAUUAAAUAACUCUGCGAGUUUUCAACAUUUUUCGUUCAAACUUGGUCAGAUAGUAGAACUAGUCUAAUGCUUUCAUUGAAACCAAUAAAAAAAUUUUAGGCAAAAUUAACACUCAAAGGUGUUCUGUAACCUUAAACAAACAAUCUAUCUAUCUAUCUAUCUAUAUAUAUAUAUAUAUAUAUAUAUAUAUAUAUAUAUAUAUAUAUAUAUAUAUAUAUAUAUAUAUAUAUAUAUAUAUAUAUAUAUAUAUAUAUAUAUAUAUAUAUAUAUGUUUUUCUACAACAGCAUAUUAACUCUCCUUUCCAGGUGGUGAUACAAAAUUUCACGAAAAGUAUGAAAUAGACCCUACGACUAUGAAUAAGGUCAAGGAAUACGUCACUAAACGAGUCACUCAAAUAUCAGACCUAAUAAAGGCAGAGUGUAGCUAUUUCGACUUUCUGCAACUUCGAGGAUCAGCCGAGGAAAAUUUGAAGAUAUACUAUCCGGAUGAAUUUGAUUUUGUCCUUUUGAGUGAAAAGUGGAAAGAUAAAAUUACUUUCAACGAAAGACAAAACCUUCCGGGAUUUGCGUACGCGAUGCGACAAGCUUCAAGGUGUCUGGAUGAGUACUUUAUACUUAUACUUUAUACUUUAUUUAGAAAUGGUAAAUACAUUGCAGCCAUGAGCUGA